AUGGCCACGUCCAGAAUAUUCAUCAAGGGCCUGCCACCUAAUAUUACAGAGGCCGAGUUUCGCAAACACUUUUCCGCCAAGAACCGCGAAGUCACCGACGUCAAGCUGAUCCCUCAACGGCGCAUUGGCUAUGUAGGCUUCAAGAGCUCAGAUGACGCCUCCCAGGCUGUCAGAUACUUCAACAAAUCAUUCAUCCGCAUGUCCAAGAUUGCCGUUGAGCCCGCUAGACCGAUCUCAGACUUGGGCCACGAUGCAGCAGCUCGCUCCGCGCGUGCGCAGUCAGGCGGCCAGGGGUCUUCCAAGACGUUCUCUGACGGGGAAGCCAACCCCAAGAAACGGAAGCGAGAUGAGCCGGCCCAGGCAGACCCAAAGCUGCGCGAGUUCCUCCACGUCAUGAAGCCCGGAAGGGAAGGUGUAGUCGCAGAUGAAUCAGUUGUCGACAUCAUCAAGGACCUGGAACCAGACCAGCCACUUGUUCCAGAGAGUGCGAGUGACGACGAAUACGAGCAGGUUCCUGUGAGAAGAGAAAAGUCGCGGAGGAAACACCCGAUUACUGAUGGCCAAGGAAGGGGUGAGGUCGUUGAUUCAGCGAUAGACGACAGAAUGGCUCCGACAACUGAGGCGACGGAUGAUGAUUGGCUGCGGUCGCGCACCAACAGGCUACUGGAUCUUGUCGACCCGGACGACCUCACUGCCGGCGCCAUGCCAAGUCCCGCGGAUGGAUCCCUGACGCGAGACACCGAGGCUGAUGGAGAAACCGCUCAUUCCUCCGACGAGAUGACACCUGACGCGACAGACGGCGUGACCAGGACCCCGGGAGUUACUCAGGGCGAAGCAGCGGACGCAAUCUCCAGGACAUCGCGCCUCUUUGUUCGAAACCUGCCUUACAGCGCCACCCAAGAUGAUGUGCGCGACACGUUUGACAAGUUUGGCGCCCUGCAAGAGGUACAUUUGCCCGUCAACGCCUCGGGGUCCAGCAAGGGAUUCGCCCUUGUAUUGUUUACAGAUCCAUCCGACGCGGUGAAGGCAUUCCAAGCGCUGGAUGGGGCGACGUUUCAGGGGCGAAUCAUCCACAUCAUUCCAGCGAGCGAGAAAAAGGACGUGGGAUUGGACGAGUUUGGAAUUUCAAAGCUGUCGCUGAGGAAACAAAAUUUGAUUCGAAAAAAGGCCGGGGCGGCGUCGGCAACCUUCAACUGGAAUUCGCUCUACAUGAACCAGGACGCCGUCAACGCCUCCGUGGCCAACCGCCUGGGUGUCUCAAAGUCGGAGCUGCUCGACCCUACCUCGGCGGAUGCCGCCAUCAAGCAAGCCAUUGCGGAGACGUCUGUCAUCCAGGAGACCAAGUCGUUUUUUGCCGCCAAUGGGGUGGACCUGGACGCCUUCAAGUCCCACAAGCGGGGCGACACGACCAUUUUGGUCAAGAACUUCCCGUACGGCACUACCAUGGACGAGCUCCGAAGCAUGUUUGGGGAGUUUGGGCCUGUGCUCAAGGUGCUGAUGCCCCCGAGCGGGACAAUUGCUAUUGUCCAGUUCGCGCAGGCAAACCACGCAAAGGCUGCGUUUGGCAAGCUCGCCUACCGACGGAUCAGGGAUAGCGUCCUUUUCUUGGAGAAAGGCCCCAAAGAUCUGCUCCGAGGUGACGAGUCGGAUCAGUCGCCCCGGGUGGAUAAGGCGACAGGGGUUCAGAAGCUAAGCGUUGACGAGCUGCUGUCAGGCGGCAGUGCGGCGGAGGAGGCGGAAACGACGUCGCUGUUUAUCCGCAAUUUAAACUUCGCCACAAGCACUAGCAGGCUGGCCGAAGCCUUCGAGUCCUUGGACGGAUUUGUCUCCGCCCGGGUCAAGACCAAGAUGGACCCCAAGAAGGCCGGGCAGACGCUCAGCAUGGGUUUUGGAUUCGCCGAGUUUCGGUCCAAAGCGCAGGCGCAGGCGGCGCUUAAGGUCAUGGACGGUCACGUGCUGGAUGGGCACACGCUGGGCGUCAAAGCGUCGCACAAGGGUCAUGACGCGGCCGAGGAACGGCGGCGGGAAGAUCGGGCCAAGAAGGCGGCGGCGCAGAGGACCAAGAUCGUCAUCAAGAACCUGCCCUUCCAAGCCACCAAGAAGGACGUCCGGGCGCUGUUCGGUACGUACGGGCAGCUCAGAUCGGUCCGCGUUCCAAAGAAGGCGGACCAUACUACAAGGGGCUUUGCGUUUGCCGACUUUGUCACGGCGAGGGAAGCAGAGAAUGCACUAAACGCGCUGAGGGACACGCAUCUGCUCGGGCGCCGGCUUGUGCUGGAUUAUGCAGAGGCGGAGGCGGUCGACGCCGAGGAGGAGAUUGAGAAGAUGCAGCGCAAGGUAGGGGGCCAGGUCAACAAAGUAGCCCUUCAGCAGCUUACGGGCGGGGGGAGGAGGAAAAAGGUCAAUAUUGGCAAGAAUGAAGAGGAAAUGGACGAGUAG